ACAGAGAACUAGCGUCGAAUAGCGAAAAUACUCUCUUUUGAAUAGUUUCCAGUUUUGUUUUGGUCUAAUCAUUGUUUGUUUUGUGGUUGUUCUUUUUUUUCCUUGUUCGUGUUUCGUUGCAUUCUAUUGCGUGCACGACUGAUAACACCGAAUCAGCAAGCUGACGACACUUCAGUACAAACAUCAUUUGAGCGCUCGCAGCGCCACGAACUCUCGUAUCAUUUUGUAUUGACUUUUCGAUAGUUCAUGAGUUCGCCGUAGACUUCGUCAAAACGUGUCGUCCCUUUGCGAAUCAGAGCGUGUGAUAUAGUCGAAGCCAUUUGAGACAGAGAGACAUACAAACAGUGUGCGCUGCUUUUCGGGAUUUGGAUGACGAGAGAGCGCGCGUAUUUUGAAGCAUAGGGUCGAUGCUAAGGUCACACAUCUCGAUAGAGUACUGUGAAUGUGACAAAUGGAAAUUUCGGCCCGUGUAUUUUUUGUUGUUUCAUUUCUUUUUCCAUAUUUUUACCAACACCAUGUAGUGAGUGUGUCGUUUCGUGAGCACUUCGUAUUUACUUCUCAAUUCAGUCCGUUUGUGUGAUUGAUCUACUGUUGUUCCCGUCGAUUGAUCCGUUUUUCUCUCGUUCGAUUCAUUGUUUAGUGUGCGGUGCAGAAUCAUUUUUGUGAAUGAAUACUGUCAUCCAGUCAUGUCGAUUCAUUAAAAAAAAGAGUGACUAAAGAAAUCAACGGGUCACGACAAGUGAUGAUGGAUAUAAUGAAACUGACUACGGUCUUCAUCUCUAAAAUGGACGUACAACUAAUGUCGUGAACCGAUCGUUAUCUACUAUAAAUGCACACAAAGACCCACAGAGUGGGUGAGAGAGAGAGAGAGAAAGAGAAGAAAAAGGUUCUAAUUAUUGCAUAUCGACUUCGUUUGUUUUAUCAUUUCGGCUUUUCCGGCGGCAAUUUGUGUACGGUAUGUGCAACCGAUAGACUGAACCAAAAUACAACGAAACUUGAACAAAAAUCAAUGGUCAUAUAAUUAAAAGUGUGUUGCUGUUGUGCCAUAAGGUCAGCAGGUUGUUAGCACCUUCCGAACACAAUAAAAAAAAACAAACACAAUUACAAAUUAUGCUAAUUUUGUGGGCAUUCCUUUGUUGGCUUGCGAAAAAAUGCUGUUGUUUAACAUCAAUUAAUGAAUGAAUCGAACGAAAGAGACAGACGGAACUUACACGCGCUCUGUUCAGAAAAAAAAAAACAAUUUCUCAAUGAAUUUUUCAGCUGCGAACGAUUCAUCUCAUUUUUAUCGCUUUAUUAUGACUGAAUUAAAUCAUAAAAUGUGAAUUAAAACCCGACCAAAAUCAGUUCGUGUUUGUUCAAUAAAUGGAAGCAGCAAAAAAAAUCAUAGAGUUGCCAAUAAUAAAAUUCAUUGAGCUGAAUCGACAGAAUAACAAUGAAUCAAAGCCGAAAAUGAGGAGUUUUAUGAAAGGCUUGUGAUGAGACAAAAAAAACUGACAACAGCAGCAACCAUUUAGCUGGUCGGAAUGUGUCAAUAAAGGAGUAAAAUGUGCUAAACUUUUGUUUUAUCGGUAAAAUAAAGUGAAUCGGAUAUAAUAAUUAUUGUGUCGCUUAUUGAAGCAGUGCAAUUAGAUUAUUUGGUCGUGAUUGAGCGAACAUUUCAUUGAUUGAACGACGAGAAGGAGUAAAAACAAACGAUGACGAAUAGAAUACAAGGAAAUUCCAUCACAAUUUGAUUAAAGAUUUAAAUGAAUGAGCAGCCCUUCUAAUUUGUUUGUAUAUGAGUAAGAAAAAAAAGGUGGCAACAUUUUUGGCGGCUCACUUCAUACACACACAUACACACACACACACACACACACACACACACGCAGAAGCGUCAAAUAGAAUUUUUGCCGGGCGGUAACUCAAUCAGUCACAAACGAAAUUUUUGACGUGACUGUUAAUUGGUUAGCCGUAUAGGUUGUCGUGUGUGGAGGAUGCAGAAUUUCUCAAAUUUCCUCAAUCACAUCGAAAAUAAGCGACCAUGCCAUGGAUUCAGUAGCCCAAACAACAAUCAACAUUCCGUCGUUGGUUCAACAACUAAACACCAGCACAACGGCGACGGCGGCGAUAACAACAACAUUCACACCAGUGACAAUAACCUUACAUAUGCCAAUUCUAGCAGCAACUUAACGAAUUCAAACGCUCGGCUCGGUUGGACGGACGAUAUUGAUUUUGAUUACAAUGGCGAUUUAACCAACAAUUCAUAUUUGAAUAAUGAUUCUUUCUUAUCAUUAUCAUCGGCUUUGACUGUGUUAAAGCAGGAGAUACCAUCACCGUUUGGCAAUGAUCAUGGCAAAAAGAUUGUUAAGGGAUCGCCGAUGAGCAAGGAGCAAGUGGACGAAAUCUCUCAAAUUGAGCAGGUAGCAAAUGGUGGUAAAAAUGGUAACAACAACACCACCGCAAAUAACAACAAUACCACCAACGGAACGGUCAAUAGCAACAACAACAACACGAACGCCGUUGGCGGUGCCAACAAUGCCAACAACAUGGCAUGCCAUUUGAAUGGUAACAGCAAUAGCAGUGCAUCCAACGAUCUAGUCAACUGUUUGGAUAGCGUUGGCCAAAAUCAAUCGUCACCAAAUGAUCCAAAUGACGAGCGCAACGAUUCGAACAACCUGAAAGCAAUCAACGGUCAAACAAAGGAGGAAAAAUCCUCUGAAGAAUCCAAAUUUCAAUAUGUGUUGGCUGCAGCUACAUCGAUUGCAACGAAAAACAACGAAGAGACCAUCACAUAUUUGAAUCAAGGUCAGAGCUACGAGAUCAAGCUCAAGAAAUUGGGUGAUUUAACUGCUUAUCGUGGGAAAAUUUUGAAGAGUGUGAUCAAAAUAUGUUUUCACGAGCGUCGCCUUCAGUACAUGGAACGUGAACAGAUGCAUUUGUGGCAAGCAUCGCGUCCGGGUGAGCGUAUCAUUGAAAUCGAUGUACCGUUAUCGUAUGGUUUGUGUCAUGUUACACAGCCGCACAAUUCCAGUCUCUUGAAUGUGGUGGAAGUGUUGUGGGAUCCGAUGAAAGAGGUCGGUGUUUACAUCAAAAUCAAUUGCAUUUCAACGGAAUUCACACCGAAAAAGCAUGGCGGCGAAAAAGGUGUACCGUUUCGUAUUCAAAUCGAAACCUAUUUGGAGAAUACGAUGAAUGGUAAUGGAAACGGUAUAAAUAAUAAUAUCACUGGUGCCAUCGCUGAUAAUACGAAGGCAAUCCAUGCUGCUGCCUGUCAGAUUAAGGUGUUUAAAUUGAAGGGAGCCGAUCGCAAGCACAAACAGGAUCGAGAAAAGAUUCAAAAGCGGCCAGCUGCCGAAAAGGAGAAAUACCAACCGAGCUACGAAUGCACCAUCCUCAAUGACAUCCCAAAUGAUCUUGUGAAUGCCAAUACCUACAGCCCGGAACAUAUUCGAGGAUCUAGCUCGCCAUUGAUGUCAAACUCACCGAUCCACAUGACCAAAUUCGAUGGUCUAUUCUCGACUGGCAAUAGCAAUGGCGGAACUGGCAAUCCGAUUGGCAUCAACAGCGUUUCGUCGACCAAUUCAAAUGUUAAAAUUAUGGAUCAAAAUAUUUUGUCGCCAUCAACACCACAACAAGCCAUCAUCGAUAGCGACGAAUACAACAGCUCAAGUGGUGGUUUCAUUUCAACACCGUUGAACAUUUCCAAAGAUGCAACGCCAUUAAUUCUGGCUCAAUGGCUAAACAUGCAUCGUCUUGGCCAAUACGUUUCAACAUUCGCCCAAUUCUCCGGCGCCGAUCUAUUUCGCAUGUCCAAAGAGGAUUUGGUGCAGAUUUGCGGAUUGGCCGAUGGCAUUCGUCUAUACAAUACACUUCAUUCGAAAGCAAUCGCACCACGUCUCACGAUCUACGUGAGUUCUGAUGGCAGCUCAUAUCAUGCCAUUUAUCUGCAUGCAAACACGGCUAAGGAGCUCAUUCAAAAGAUUGUCAAAUUGCCUGGAUUCUCCGAUUGUUUGGCAAAUGCAUCGGCAAAUGUGGAAAACAAUCUCUUCUCGGGAUGGAAUUUGCAAUCGAAAUAUUCGGGAAGCGCAUCGAAUUUGUGUGAUUCAACGAAGUUCAGUGUAUACAUAAAUGGGCCGGCUGGCAUUCACGUUUUUGUGACGGAUGAGGUAUUGAGUAACAUCAAAGAUGAGAGCCUCUUCACGUUGGACGUGCAAAAUAAUAAAGUAAUCAUGAAGAUUGUCUACAAAAAUGAAAUUUAAAAAACAACGAGAGCGACGACCCUGAAUGAUGAAAGAAGAUAAAAAAAAACAACAGCUAAACAAACAAAAAAUCAACACAUAGAAUCUAACAUCGCUCAAUGAAAUUCGAAUGACGCUAUUUUGGCACGGAGAUGAUAACAAGAGAGGAAACAAGAAGAACGCGGAAUUUGAAGAAAAAAAAUCAACAUGAAACAAAAACAAAACAAAAAACACAAACACACAACAGUUUUUAAUUGAAAUCGCAUUAUAAUCAUUCAUUUCUAUUUCCAGUAGAGUUUAGGAAACAGCAUAUUCAGAAAAAAAAACAAAAGAAAAAAAACAAAAAAAAAACACAAUGGAAUUAUUUAGUGUUUAAUUUCGCCUAGUGUUUGGCACUGGUCCAGCUAUGCGCAUCAUACAUAACAAAUCUAGUAUAAUAAACAAAAUUUGUGUGGGAGAUUUAUAGGUUAAUUUUCUUUUUUGGCUUAUUUUUUUUGUCCAAAACAAACAUAGAACUAAUCGUAUUCGUUUUUUUUUUUCCAAAUUUUCUAUAACAUUUUGUUUUGAAUUCACUUUUUUCAGUUUCUUUCCCAUUGAUUAUAUAGUAGGUACAUGAAAAAUGCUUAAUCGAUAAUAAUUACAAACGAUUUUUAUUUUUGAUUUUUUUCUUUGCUAAAUAAACUACUUUCAUAUGAUAUUAUGCAUUUUAUGCUUUUAGAUGGGAAAAAAUAUAAAUUUUACGUAAUUUGAGAAGGCUACCGAAACAAUUAUUCUGGUCUGAUAAUCGAAUUGAAACAACUAUUUUUAUUUAAUAAUCAGCAAUUGCGUUGACAUUUCAAAUUCGAACAAAAAAUACACCCGCAUGCAUGCUGAGGCCUUUGGAGUGGUGCACACACACACACGUUACAAUACUUUUUUUUCGUCUUGAUAUAUAUUAAUAGAUUAGAUAUGAAAAUAUUUACACCGACUCUAGCCUUCUGUUCAAUUCGAUUGCAAUACGAAAAACACAAUAAGAAAUUGAUGGAGAAAUUACAUCACGUUCAUAUACAAUACUCAUUCAUCAAAAUCGAACUCGAUCAAAAUAGGCGUUUUUCAUCAAUUUUUUUCUCGUAUUGAUACACAUUUAAUAGUCCCAAAUCGUCAAUAACCGCUUUCUUGAGAGGAAGAGAUAUUCGACAAAUAUGAUUUUUUGCCCAUUUUUCUCAAUUGGGAAAUUAAUUCCCAUAAAAAAACGACAUCAAAAAUGUGCUCAAAAUGUUCCCCGCAUUAGUAUGGUUCACACCAACUUGACAUAAAAUUUGUGCUCAUUUUUGGUGUGAGUCAGAUUUUAACACCAAAAAAAAAAACUCCAUACAAAACAAGCACAUUGUAUAUGUGGAUUUUUUAUGGGUUAAUUGAAUGCCAUUAAAACGGAUAGCAAAAAUGAUUCCAAGAAAAACUAUCAAAUCGGUUCAUGGCGUUUCAGAGAUUUUAUUAUACAAAUUUUAGCACAAAAAAGAUUUUCCUAGCUACAAUUCGAGUUGUUAUCAAGAAAAUGUCCAGUAUAGGGUGCAGUCACACUUGAAAACAUGGUUCAAGAUUCAUUCGUAAUUUUCGUUUGGUUAACAAAAAAGAACUUUUUUGCGCGAUGAGAAUGUAAAAAUCCCUUUGGAAAUAUUCAAACUUAGCUAACUGUACCAAAAAUAAAUAUUAACUGAUGAAUUUUCACCAAAAAAUAACUGGGGCCAUACAAAAAGAAUUUCAUUCUCAGGGAUAACACAUAGUACCUUUCUGAUUUGACUAUCUUGAUCCGUUUCUUUCAACCAAGAACUCACUUAGAUUGUCUUGACUUCGAGAGAGUCAAUAUUUCUAAUUUCAUCGAAACACUUAGAAAAUUUUAAUUCGAUAAUAAUGAUUCGGUUCUAAUUUUUCGUAUGAAAUUCUUCAAGGACCCGAUGAUUCUGGUCUGUUUUACUUCUGGUCUUUUUAAUCUAGCCUGUUUUUAAUCAUCCGUGUCAAUUACGAAUUCAAUUCUUCUGGCUCAUUUCACGUCUGUCACACGUAAGCUCGAUUAAAAGCAGAAAUAUGGAGGAAGAAGGAAAAUAUGGAUUUUAUCUUGUCCUCUUUCUGAAUGUUGAAAGGGCAAGAUAUAUGUGAAAAAAGAGUGACUGUGAGUCCUGAAUUCUCAAAAAAGUGAAUACCUUGAGUAAGACAUUGAAAAAGUGUUUUAACCACUAACUUUUCAUUCAAACAUCCAAAAAUCCUGUUCAAACAUCCGACCAACCAUCCAACAUUCGGCGCAGUAAUGAUGCAUCACUGAUGAACUGGAAGCUGGUGCCAUAAUAUGUAUAAUGAAAAAAAGAAA